UAUAUCAGAAACCUUGAAGAUCGGGUUGCUUAUCUUGAAUCUCAACUCGCCUCCCAUGGGAUUUCUGUCUCGGAGCUUUCUCCCGAAAGCCUCGCACCGGGACCCCCGAACGAGUCCGGUGAACCUCCGACGCACCCCGAAUUGCAUGAGAGUGGUCCCAGCCACGUUUCUAAUGCUCAGUCCCUCCUCAACGGGCACCCGGCACAGUUGCCUAGGGGCAUGAUUAGCCAGUCUCUUCUCCACUCUUUAUUGCGUGCGCCCACCCGAGCUAGCUUGCCCAGUAGAGAGGCUGCCCAGCGACUGGUGGCCACGUACUUUGAACACACCGAGUUCUUCUCCCCUGUCAUUUCGUCGAGAGAGGAUUUGCUGGCUUCCUUGGAACAAUUGUACACCGACAGACCUGCUUCGGAGGCCGAGUCAGACUCUUUGAUAGCGUUACACAAGUUCCGCGUCUUUGCAGUUUUUGCCACGGCCGUCUUGCUCCUAAACAGGACUGACUCGUCAUUCCCAAUUUCCAGAGCUGAGGGUUAUUUUGCAACGGCCGUUCAUGUCUUCGCCCAGUAUCCGGAUUUGCUUUGCGCUGGUGACUCUAGUCAUCUGUGUAACUUGCUGCUGAUAAUUCAGUACAGCUGUUUCGCAUCAGAUCUCACGGCAGUCUGGCACUUUCUGGGUCUCGCGACUCGGCUAGCCAUCGACCUAGGCUUACAUCAUGAACGGCCAGUCACAACAGAGGUUGACACAGAGGAGAACAAACGUAGGUGGUUGUUCUGGACAACCUACAUAUUCGAGAGAACUGUUUGUGUCAUCAUCGACCGACCAUUCUCCAUCCCCGACGAGGCCAUCACAGCGUGUUUACCGAUACUUCAAAGUGUCGAUGACCCUCGAUUUCUUGCCUUGCGGCUGAUUGAAAGCCGUAGACUCGAGUCGGAAAUCUACGUGACCCUUCGUCAGAGCCCGCCAGUAAAUGGAGCGGUCCUAGAUUUACCUACAUGGCGUGAAAACAUGCGGCAGCGAUUGAUGGCUUGGCGAGCCUCGGCGCCGUCCUCGCUCGUGGGCUCAUCUCAACUGGCUCCUCUGGACCUGUACGACGCUCUCCUACACAAAAGUCUGAUAGACCUUUACUAUCCUUCAACAUCCCCAACCGACCUAUCGCACCACGAUGCUCUAAUACUUGCAAUAAGUGCAGCAGAGAGCAUCGAGGGCAUCAAGCAAGCCUUCCGCGAUGGUCGACUACGCUUUUACUGGCGGGCUGCUCAUAAUUUGUUCAAGGCUGGUGUCGCAAUGGUCUUUUGCAUCCACCACCAAAUCGUUCAUGUCUCUCUCAACAUGGACCACACAGACAUGGCUGCAAGUGUUAACACAUGCAUCUCGAUUCUAUGGGGGAUGGUAGAAAGGUAUCCUCCGGGGAAAGUAUAUCGAGAUGUCUUUGAAGGCCUGUCUAGCUCGGUG